UGGAGGUCAUAUGCCAAGACGCCCAAGACUCCCUUGAACCGUAAAAGUCCUAAUGGCGACCACCGUCUUCAUCUCCACCGCCACACUCCGCCGUCUCAUCACGCACGACUCCCUCAUCCGCCAUCUCCAGCCCACCCUUCCCGCCGAUAUCAGAUCCCCACUCCGCACCUCUCACGACACCAGCUCUUCAUCCUCCCUCCUCCUCAUGCCCUCCUGGUCCCACUCCCCCUCCCUCCCCUACGUCGGCGUCAAGCUAGUCACCUACCAUCCCAACAACUCCGCCCUCAGCUUACCCGGAAUCCACGCCACUUACGCGCUCUUCAGCUCCCUCACCGGCCAAACCCUAGCCACCAUGGACGCCACCGAGCUAACCCUCUACCGCACUUCCUGCAUCUCCGCUCUGGCUUCAAAUUACCUAUCCAGGGAAAACUCCGAGAUGCUCGCGAUGAUCGGCGCCGGCGCUUUAGCCCCGCAUCUGAUCAGGGCGCAUUUGACCGUGCGGCCGGGGUUGAAGAGGGUGAUAAUCUGGAACAGAACUGUGGAAAGGGCGGAAUCUCUUGUUGAGAAAUUGAGAAGCGAAAUCGGAUUCGAAGGAUUGAUUCUCGAGAGCAGUGGAUGUUUGGAGGAGGCGGUGGGGCUGGGAGAUAUAGUGAGCUGCGCGACGAACUCGGAGACGCCAUUGGUGAAGGGGAAGGAGCUGAAGGUGGGGGCGCAUUUGGAUAUGGUGGGAUCCUUCAAGCCAUCAAUGAAGGAGUGUGAUGAUGAGGCAAUUAGGCGGGGAAGAGUGUUCAUUGAUAAUGAAGCGGCGGUGGAAGAGUCCGGGGAGAUAGUCGGGGCGUUGGAGAGAGGUGUGAUAACCAGGGAGGGCAUAGUUGGGAAUUUGGUAGAGCUGAUCAAUGGGGAAAAGAGUGGGAGAAGGAAUGAGGAUGAAAUUACUGUGUUCAAAUCUGUUGGUUCUGCUGCUGUUGAUCUUCUUUCUGCCCAGUUUGUCUAUGAGAGUUUCAUCAAUAGCCAUAUUCAGUAAUAUUUGUUGCAAACAUUUUGUUUGUGUCUACUAUGGGAAAGUGGCAAACUUGAUGUUGUUUAAUAGGGGGUUCUGUCCUCCCUUCCUGAAGUCCUUUAUUUCCUUUUUUGGUAGAAGGUAAACAUAUAUAGAUGGUUUCAAAAUUGUUCUUGCAUCAUUGGAAUUUGGAGGGGCAUUUCCCACUCGAACUUGAGUAAAAAUAAGCUUUCACUUAAGAACAGGUGCACUUUCGCAUAUCACCUUCUUCAGCAACCUGGGAUAAGCUAAGGUUUCAAAGAGGAUAAAUAAUGAAAAGCACCUGAUAAGCGUCUGAUCCGAAAGAUUACUCCUUGAUCCAGAAUGAACUCAGUUUUAACUUUUCCUACUGUACAACAUGUAGUCAUUCAGACAACUUUUCUUCUUAAUCUUGCUCCCCUAUAUUGAAUUGGUUCAUACACAAUUUGACCAUAUGCAGCUAAUGUCUAACUCCUAUAUUCUGGAUAAACUAUAUUGCAAGAGUUGUAAUUAGACACUACAAUAGAUAUUAUGUGUGUUACACCUCAAAUCCUCG